AGGACCGCCCACUUCACUCAGACACGUCACAUGGAUCAACAACAAUGGCGGCACCGGUUCUCUCCACGUCACUAGUCGUAGUUUCCUCUCUAAUUGCUGCGUCUUUAUCAGUGUUUUACUUAACUUCUGGUUCUUCAACAUGCCACCUCGUCCCCCUGAGCGCCCUGGCCGUGUGUGGGUUGGUGUUCUGCGGGUAUCUGCGGUGGAGGGGCGCCGGUCCGGCGGAGCGCCGGGUGUGCGUGGUGGUGGUCGGGGACAUCGGACGCAGUCCUCGGAUGCAGUACCACGCGCUGUCUCUCAGCCGGCACGGGUACCAGGUGGACCUUGUCGGCUUUCUGGGCACUAAACCACACAAUGAGGUUCUGAACGAGGAAAGAAUCACCAUAACAGCGAUGGCCGACGUGAAAGGCGUUCAGGUGGGGCCCCGCGUCGUCUCCUACGUCACCAAGGUCAUCGCCCAGAGCGUCCAGAUCCUGGUCACCUUGAUGGAGACCAGAAGGCCCUCGCACAUCCUACUGCAGAACCCCCCAGGCCUCCCCAGCAUGGCGGUGUGCUGGCUGCUGUGUCUCCUGAGGGGCUCCCGGCUGGUGGUCGACUGGCACAACUACGGCUUCACCAUCCUGGCCCUCGCACACCCACACACACACCCCCUGGUCCGGCUGGCACAGUGGUACGAGCGUGCGGUCGGGCCGCUGGCCGCCCACCACCUGUGUGUCAGCGAGGCCAUGAAGGAGGACCUGCGGGAGAACUGGGGCAUCAGGGCCACCACGCUGUACGACCGCCCGCCCGCCAUCUUCAAGGAGACGCCUCUGGAGCUCCGGCACCAGCUGUUCCUCCGCCUGGCCCAGACCCUCCCCCCCUUCAGGACCAGGGACGAGGAAGCAGGCGGGGCCGGGGAGCGGACGGCCUUCACCCUCAGGGACCCGGUGGACCAGAGCGUGACCUGGAGGCCCCACAGACCCGCCCUGCUCAUCAGCAGCACCAGCUGGACCGAGGAUGAGGACUUCUCGGUUCUUCUGAAAGCUCUGGAAGAGUACGAGCGUUGCGUCAGAGAGGGGCGUGGCCUGCCAGCCCUGGUGUGUGUCAUCACAGGUAAAGGACCUCAGAAGGAGUAUUACAGGAAGUUGAUCGACUGCCUCCAUCUGGAACACGUGCAGAUCUGCACACCGUGGCUGGAGGCUGAGGACUACCCCACGUUGCUAGGUUCUGCAGACCUGGGCGUGUGUCUCCAUCGCUCCUCCAGCGGCCUGGACCUCCCCAUGAAGGUGGUGGACAUGUUCGGCUGCUGCCUGCCAGUCUGCGCCAUCCACUACAACUGUUUGUCAGAGCUGGUGAAACACGAGGAGAACGGUCUGGUCUUCAGGGACUCCCAGGAGCUAGCGUCUCAGCUACAGGCCCUGCUGUCAGGGUUCCCGCGGGCCGGGGGCCGACUGGAGGACUUCAGGAGGAGCCUCCAGACCAACAGGGGGAAGCGAUGGGAUGACAACUGGACCCAGACCGUCCUGCCGCUCAUCACCAUGACGACACCGUCACCAUGACUACCACCGUGAUGGGAAUUAAAGACAAUUGGAUCGACACCAGAGAUGCUGUUAGGUUAGCGUAGCAAUGCUAGCUAAGAAAGGACUCUGCAAAAAGGUGGAGAUAUGACGGUCCAAACGGUUCUGUUAGCACGAGUUCAACAUGAUGCUACGUUAGCAUGCUAAUAACAUGCUGCUGCCUUAGCAUGAUGCUAUGGAUAUAAUUAUGUUUAGUCAAGGGUCAGUUAUUUGUACACUUGUAGAUAAUAUUUUUAUACCGGCACAUGGAAAUGAGCUUUGACACGUGUGUUGUGAGUAAAUAAAGCUUUAUUAUGUGUGUAACGUCA